AGAAGGCUGAGUUGUCAGUUAAGGAACCAACUACCGUUUCUCAUUCCCACACUUUUCUUUCUUUUCCGCGAAAAUUCUCCGCUUUUCCCACUUCUUCUAUUCUUUCUUUUUGUAACUGUAAUUCAAAAUCUCAGUACAUCAUAUUUUUUUCCUCAAAGCAAAAUCUCAGUAUAUCAGGAUUUCUAAAUUGGGUUAUCCCAUAUGUCCAACCCCGAUGAAGCAGCAACCCACAACGGUGACGCGGGACCGUCCGCAACGGCGUUUACACCCCCCGCUUACGUGGAGAACCCCACUCCGGCACUUGGGUUCGGCGUCUCCUCCAUUACCAGGCGUUGGAAGAGAGAGGAUUUAUUCAAUAAAGGGUCUUUAAUCGCCAGAGGAUUCGCUUUCUUGCUCUCUUUGCUCUCUUUCAUAAUCACGGCUAGCAACAAGCAUGGUGACUGGAGAAACUUCGACAAUUACGAGGAAUACAGGUAUUUGUUAGCAAUCGCAAUUCUAUCGACUUUGUACACGGGAAUACAAGCGUUGAUACACGUGAAUGCACUUUGGAACGUGAAGCAGAUAUUGAAUCAACGUAUCUCUGCCAUGGUGGACUUUGUUGGUGAUCAGGUGAUGUCGUACUUGUUGAUAUCGUCAGUAUCUGCAGCAAUUCCAUUGACAAACAGGAUGAGAGAAGGACAAGACAACGCUUUCACUGAUUCCUCAGCUUCGGCUAUUAGCAUGUCUUUCUUUGCCUUCCUAACACUGGCAAUAUCUGCUGUUGUUUCUGGCUAUAAAAUUUCUACUCAAUCGUACAUCUAAUUUUUCUUUCA